AUGAGUGAGUCGAGAUCUGUGGCAGAGACUCAGUGUGAAGUCGUGGCCUCAGCUCUGAAGUCAGACCCCUCACAUCUGAGAGAACUGGAUCUGAGCUACAACGAGCUGCAGGAUUCAGGAGUGAAGCUGCUGUGUUCUGGACUGGAGAGUCCAAACUGUCGACUGGAGACUCUGAGGUUGGAUGGCUGCAGUCUCUCAGAGAUCAGCUGUUCUUCUCUGGCUUCAGCUCUGAGGUCAAACCCCUCUCAUCUGAGAGAACUGGAUCUGAGACACAACGACCUGCAGGACUCAGCAGUGAAGGAGCUGCUUGAUCUACAGCAGAGUCCAACCUGUCGACUGGAGACUCUGAGACUCGGUGGUUGUGAACUAAGAGAGACUCACUGUGAAGUCCUGGCCUCAGCUCUGAAGUCAGACCCCUCACAUCUGAGAGAACUGGAACUGAGUGACAACAAGAUGCAGGACUCAGAAGUGAAGCUGCUGUGUUCUGGACUGGAGAGUCCAAACUGUCGACUGGAGACUCUGAGGUUGAAGAGAUGCAGUCUGUCAGAGAUCAGCUGUUCUUCUCUGGCUUCAGCUCUGAGGUCAAACCCCUCUCAUCUGAGAGAACUGGAUCUGAGUGACAACGACCUGCAGGACUCAGGAGUGAAGGAGCUGUGUGGUAUACUACAGAGUCCAACCUGUCGACUGGAGACUCUGAGGUCAGACAUCAUGUUUGAAUGUUAA